AUGCUGGAUCCUAAUGUUGAUAAUCGUUUAAGUGAAGAUAUGGCAUACAUGAGUUUUGAUCAGAAACAUUCAAUUGCAGAGAAAAGUUCAGAAAACAUCGAGAUUUGUAACACAACUUAUUCGUAUGAACCAGCUCUAUUUACUAAUCCACAACGUUUAGACAAAAUAAAAGCUGCAUUACCAGCUAUCAACUUGUUAUUCGAAAAAGAAUUUGAAAGAAACAAUUUUCCUGGUCUUAUGUAUGGAAUCGUAGUUGAUGGAAAUUUAGUACAUAGUCAUGGUUUUGGUUAUAUCGAUCUCGCACGCAAAAUACCAGCUACUACAAAAUCACUCUAUCGUAUUGCGUCGAUGACAAAGAGCUUUACGGCUAUGGCUAUAGUGAAACUUCGCGACGAUGGUAAACUUCGUCUUGAUGAUUCUGUUUAUCAAUACGUUCCAGAAUUAAAAGCCACUGAUUUAUUAACGACUGAUGCACCAAUCAUUACUAUUCGUCAUCUGUUAACGCAAGAUGUUGGCAUGCCAGAAGAUGAUCCAUGGGCAGAUCGACAGCUAGCCAUGCCUACAAAUGAAUUUCUAGCAAUUUUGAAAAAAGGAAUUAGCAUGUCGAAUCCACCUGGUACUAUUUGGGAAUAUACCAAUGUUUGUUUUACGAUCUUGGGUCGAAUUAUUACAGUUGUAUCACAAGUUCCUUAUCAAGAAUAUAUUAAAAAGGAAAUUCUUGAACCCUUAGGUAUGAAAAAUACUUUUUGGGAAUAUAGUGAAGCUCCAUCGGAAUUAUUAGCUCGUGGUUAUCGUUGGGAAUGUGAACGCUUUUCCGAAGAAAUUCCACUUCACGAUGGUACGUUUGGUGCUAUGGGAGGAUUAAUUAGUUCAGUUGAAGAUUUUAGUAAAUACGUAGCAUAUCAUUUACAAGCUUGGCCGCCCCGUAAUGAUCCUGAAUAUGGACCAAUACGACGAAGUUCGUUACGUGAAAUGCAUCAUCCCUGGAAUUUCAUUGAAAUAAAUACAUAUUCACAUCGUUCAUGUUCGGUAACUUAUUCCUAUUGUUAUGGACUUAUUUGGUGUAAAAAUGCCGAUGGAAUCAUAUCUGUGGAUCAUUCGGGAGGUUUACCAGGGUUCGGUAGUAAUUGGAUGAUGUUACCGGAACAUGGUAUUGGACUUAUUUCGUUUGCAAAUCGUACGUAUGCAGAUCUUGGUCGUAUUAACACAAUUAUCAUGGACAAAAUAGUUACGCUGACCAAUUUACAAUCACGACAAUUACCUACUUCAAAAAUUCUUGCUGAGAGUAAACAACAAAUAAUAACAGUUUUACUGCAUAAUUGGGAUAUAAGUGAUCAGCAAAUAUCAACAGCAUUCGCAGAGAAUUUCUUCCUCGACAAAUCAUUAGAAUUAAGAAAAGAAGCUUUACAUGAAUUACUUAGUCAAACAGGAAAAAUUCUAACGAUUGGAAAAUUCAUUUCAAAAAAUUCAUUACGUGGUCAAUUUCGUGUUGAAUGUGAGCAAGGUACAAUUCAAAUUGUAUUUAGUUUAUCCCCAGAAAAUCCACCAUUAAUUCAAGAAUUAAAAUUAACAAAAAUCAACUAA